UUCGGACAGUGGAUUCAUGAUGGGAGAUGCUGAGGAGGACAUUGUUGUUGUUGGCAUUGGCUGUAAUUUCCCAGGAGGAGAGGGGCUUGACAAUUUCUGGAAGGUUCUGUUGGAGGGGAAGAACUGUGCUUUACAGAUUCCAGAUGAAAGGUUUGUCUCUUCCCACUGGUAUGACCCCAAUGACAACAAAGUUGGAAAGUCGCGCACGGCUAAGGCUGCACUCAUGGAUGGGUUUAAUGAGUUUGAUCACAAGUUCUUUGGCAUCACUGAAACAGAAGUGGAACAAAUGGACCCCCAGCAAAAACUCCUUCUUCAGUGUGCAUACAGGGCUCUGGAGAAUGCUGGGAUGCCAAUGGAGAAGGCCAGUGGGACCAAGACAGGAGUAUUUAUAGGGCUUAUGAACAGAGAUUAUGAACAAUCUGUUGGACUUAUGAACCCAAAUUUAAUCAACCACUGCACCGGUACCGGACUUUCUAUGAGUAUAGCAGCCAACAGAGUCUCAUACAUCUUCAACUUCACUGGACCCUCACUCUCCAUUGACUGUGCCUGCUCUUCAUCCCUUGUGGCUCUGCAUUUAGCUUGUCAAGCCAUAAGACAAGGUGACUGCGAGAUGGCUCUUUGUGGUGGCGUCAAUUCUAUCAUACAGCCGCUAGCCUUUGUCGCGCUCAGCAAAGCAAAGAUGAUUUCCCCUGAAGGCACCAGCAAACCUUUCUCCAGCAGAGCAGAUGGCUAUGGCAGAGGAGAGGGCUGUGGGAUUAUUCUGCUGAAGCCACUAAAAAAAGCUCUCAAGGAGAAUGACCAUGUAUGGGGCAUCAUAAGCAACACUGCUGUUAACCAAGACGGCCACACAGUCACUCCAAUCACCAAGCCAUCCAUGGUCCAGCAAGAGGAGCUGCUGCGUGGAAUAUAUUCAGAGUCUGACCUGUUAUCGGUCCAGUACAUAGAGGCUCAUGGGACUGGAACUCCAGUGGGAGAUCCCAUAGAAGCAGGCAGCAUCUCCAAAGUCAUUGCCAAAGCCAGACCUCCAGGUUCAGAGACACUCCUCAUCGGCUCUGUGAAAGGCAACAUUGGACACACUGAAUCUGCAGCUGGAGUGGCAGGGCUAAUCAAGGUACUACUAAUGAUGAAACAUGAAACCAUUGUCCCUUCACUGUUCUACUCGGAGGACAGUUCCAGUAUAGAUGCUAAAGCUUUAAAUUUAAAGAUUCCUACUAAAGCAGAAAAGUGGAGAGAUUCUAGUGCAAGACUUGCAGGAAUAAACAAUUUUGGUUUUGGAGGAACAAAUGCACAUGCUAUUGUCAAACAACACAAGCAGUCAAAUGUUCCUCAAAAAAGUGGUAGGAAAUCACACAAUUUAUUUGUCCUCUCUGCCAGUUCUGAAAAGUCUAUGAGUAUGAUGAUGGAGGACACAAUUCAACAGAUAGACAGAGACAACAGAGGUGAUCUAGAAGCCCUUGCAUACACAUCUGCAUGUAGAAGAAGCCACUUGAAACAUCGAUAUCGGAAAGCAUUCAGAGCUCCCUCUCUGGCUGAUCUUAAAGAUCAACUCAAAUCUGCCAUGAAAAAGGUAACCACGCCGUCUUACUCAGAUCCCAGGCUAGUAUUUGUCUUCUGUGGGAACGGUGUAACCUAUCAAGGCAUGUGCCAGCAGCUCUUGAAACAUGAGCCUGUGUUCAGAGAGAAGAUCAGCCAAAUUGAGAAGCUUUUCCAGAAGUUCGACAACAUGAGUAUCAUAGAGAGACUUGAGAGUGAAUCAGAGAGUAAAGAUCUUUCAAACCCAGAUGUUGUCCAGCCCCUCCUCUUUGCCACUCAGGUUGGCAUAGCCAGUCUUUUCAAGCACUGGGGCAUCAAACCUGAUGCCAUUCUUGGCCACUCUAUAGGAGAGGUUGCUGCUGCCCACUGCUCUGGUCUGUUGUCCCUUGAGGAUGCAGUGAAGGUGAUUUACUUCCGCAGUACUCUGCAGAAUACGGUCACAGGAGGGAAAAUGCUUGUGGUCAGUAACAUGGUCGUAUCAGAGGUCUUGAACCUCCUUCCCUCUUACUCAAAUAAGAUUUCCUUGGCUGCCUUCAACAGCCCACAGUCCUGCACGCUCUCAGGUGAUGCAGAGGCUAUAGACAGUCUCCAUCGAAAGCUGAGCAGCUCAGUCAAGAGUAAGAAUCUGUUCCUCCGUGUUUUGGAUGUCCCUGCUGCAUACCACAGCCAGAUGAUGGAUCCCAUCCUGUCUCAACUAGAGGACAGUAUUGGCUCUUUACAAGUCAAUGAUGUUGAGACAGAAUUGUUCUCCACAGUAACAGGAAAGGAGGUAGAGCAGCCAGACUUCAGCACAGGCAAAUACUGGGCCAGGAACAUACGAGAGACAGUUUCAUUUGAACAGGCAGUGAGAUCUGCAACCAAAGGGAAAAAGAAUGUAGUCUUUGUGGAGAUUGGCCCUAGAAGGGCUCUACAAAGAAACAUCCAGGAGACUCUUGGAAAUGACACCAUAGUUCUGUCCUCAGUGGAGCCAGAUAAAGAUCAUGAGACAAUGCUGAAUACUGUGUCCAAACUGUUUGAGUUGGGGGUUCAGGUAGACUGGGAUCAGUUCUACAGAGGCCGUGAGGCUUCACCAACAUCUUUCCCAAGGUAUCAGUUUGAUUCUACUCGGAGAGAUGUUAUCAUGGCUGCAUCAAAGGUACAUCAUACAUCAGGUAAUCAUCCUGUGCUAACUCAUACAGGUAGCGAUAGCAAUGCCUUCAGUUGUGAUCUGUCUUCUGACUCAGUAUCCUACCUGCAUGAGCAUAAACACAAUGGUGUUGCCAUAAUCCCCGGUGCCUUCUAUACUGAGUUGGGUUUGGCUGCCUUCAUGGCCAGUGCCAAACCAAAGGUUCCACUCAACACACUGCAAGUCAGUAUCAGUUUUCAGAGUCCCUAUCUUUUCACACAGAAUGCACCAGAGUUGAAAGUGCAACUUGAACCAGCAGUGGACGAGACCCAUUUUAAGAUAUAUUCUCCCUCCACCAACCAUGCAUCAGGCACAAUAACGUGCAAGCGAGGACAGCUAGCUGAAGAACAGAACAUUUCGCUAAGCUCUAUCUACAAAAGAUGCAAUUCAGUGUUGAGUUCUGAAAAGUUCUACACUGAAAUUGCUCUGGGUGGGUUUCAGUAUGGCACUGUUUUCCAGAACACGGGGGAUAUACACUAUGGUAAAGAGUUUAAGGAGGCGUUUUCAGUUGUCACAGUUCCAGAAGAAUUGCUGUCUCAGUUGCAUGAAUACUACAUUCACCCCGUAGUGUUAGACUUCCUGAUGCAACUUGCUCCUGUUACAGUAGCAUAUGGACUCUCUUCAAGGCCCAGGUUUCCUGUCAAAAUAGGCAGCUUGACAGUGUUUGAACCUCUGCAAGAGGAAAUGAUUGUGUAUCUGAAAGCCAUUGAUGAAGGAGUUGAUCAUUAUGAAGUAUGUGGUUGCUUUACAGACAAAGAGGGAAGAGUUUUGGUUGAGCUUAAGCAUGUGGUGAUUAAAUAUCUUGGGAGCCGCUCUCAUGUUGUGGAAGAAUACUUCUUCCACAAUGAAUUCAAUGUUGUCUGUGAGGACAUCAUCUCCUCUAAUACCAGCGAGGCACCAAAGGCCUUGGUAUUUUCCGACCAGGUAGGCCUUCCAAAAGCCAUGCAACCACACUUAAGUUCACAGUCUAGAUACAUCUCCUUCACACAAUCUAAGGAGGUCUUGAGCCAUGGAUUUCCUACACUCCUGGCAAACCUUAAUAUCACAGAUCUCAACAAACACUUCCAGGAAGUCUUGUUUGUGUGGGGCCAGGAAGAUGUUACUUCACUGAGAACUGAGUAUGUUCUGGAGAGUAUGAUAAGCUGCUGUGAGAUGCUCAGGAAAAUUGUCCUGUCAUUGAGCGCCAUGCGAUUUACAAAUUCCAUUAGAGUCAUAACCUUCCGGUCGGCGGAGAACACGGUGGACCACAUCAGCGCAGGCUUUGUCCUGUCAGGCAUGACUAGAUCGUGUGCUGCAGAAAUGGAAAAGCUUUCCUUCCAGCUGAUUGACAUCAACUCUGUCUCUACAGAAGACAUCAUAGCUCUGUCUCAGGUCUUAAAGUCAUACCCUUGCAAAAGAUACCCAGAGUUGGUUGUGAAAGGUGGGCUGAUUUUGAAACCUGAUAUUGUACAUACUCUCAUUGGAAGCAUUGAGAGCACUGAGGGAAGUAUUUUCUCUUCAACGUCUGAGCCAUGCAUCUUUCAGACAAAUGACCCCUGCAGAAUGACUAGCUUGUCUGCCAUUCCUUGUGAUGUUGACAAUACAAACAUCCAUAAGAAAUCAGUUAAGAUUCAGCUCAGUAAGAUAGGCGUUCAUUCCUCAGACUACUAUCCUGUCAGUGUCUCUAAGCUGAACUAUGGUCAGACAAUGUACUGGAACAAUCACACAUCUCAGAACCACCAGCUUGUGGCUCUUGACUUCAGUGGUACUGUCACAGCUGUAGGGAAAGAUGUGAACACACUGAAAGUGGGAGACCAUGUAGUAUCAUGUUAUCCCAUUGCUGCAUCUUCUACGAUUGUGAUUCCUGAAGCAGCUUGCUACAAGACAAAGAGGCUCACAUUUCUGAAGGAGGCUCCUUGUGUGUCCUACUUUGUUCUGGCAUGGGAGAUACUGCACAGACUGUUACCUACCAUCAAACAACGGAGAAGGCUGAGCAUCAUCUCCUCUGUUCCUGACUCUAGUCUGCUGAAGGUCCUAAUCCAGACAGCAAACAAAUCAAGAUGGAAUGCCAUUGUAGGGUCACAGUGCAGUGGAAUGUUUGCUGAUGCUAUUGUCCUCCUUCCACCAUUGGAUAAAUCUCUGUUGGCAGAAGUCAGCAAUUGUCCUGAUGUCAGACAUGUUGUCAUUGUCUGUGAAUCCCAGUCCCACUGCUUGCUUGAACAGAGUGUUUUCCAGAAUUUUAAGGAUAGUGUUCACAUCCAGACUCUUCAGAUGUCCAGCAUCUUACACAAGGGAUCACUCAUUGCCAAGAGGCCACAGAUUUAUAAUUGGCUAAAGUCCAUGCAUUUGGGAAUUUCUCUAGAGACCUCUACCUUACAGAGAAUGUCAUCCGGGAGCAUUGACUUCCUGUCUGUUGAGUCGUACUUCAGCUCAAAGACCCUGUCUGUUGUGGCGCUGGGUAAAGAUGAUUCCAAAGGCACACUGUCCGACAUUCAGUUGCUGCCUAAGCCAACCCAGCUAUUCCAGAAGAAGUCUGUGUACAUUGUCACAGGUGGUCUCUCUGGGCUGGGGUUUGAAACAGUGAAGUUCCUUGCUCAGAAAGGUGGAGAGUACAUCGUCAUACUCUCCAGAAGUAGCCCCACACCAGACAUACAGCAUGAGAUAGUCAUUCUGGAGAGACAAUGGAGUGCCUGUAUUGUAUGGAUGGGAUGUGAUGUCUCUGUUUCUGAGCAUGUGCUCAGAGUGAUUGGUCUCAUUGGUCAGAAGUUUCCCUCUUGUCCAAUCAAAGGGGUGUUUCACAGCGCAGUCGUCCUGCAUGAUGGAUUGAUUGAAAACCUUGACAAAUCCCACUUUGAGAAAGUCCUAAAGCCCAAGGUGAAUGGAGCUCUGAAUCUUCACCACGCCACAAAACACUGCAAGUUAGACUACUUUGUGUGCUACUCUUCCAUCUCUUCUUUCCUUGGCAAUGCCUCACAAACAAACUAUGCAGCAGCUAAUUCAUUCCUGGACUACUUCUGUCACCAUAGACGGAAUAUUGGACUAUCUGGGCAAUCCAUCAACUGGGGAGCUUUGAACCUUGGUCUCCUGCUUAACAAGGAUCAUUUACACAGGUUUCUGGAGACAAGGGGAUUGAUGGUGAUGGAUGUUACAGAGAUUCAUGAGAGUUUGGAACAAUGCCUCUUGCUAAACAAACCCCAACAGGUUGUAUGUAGGUUUCACAUCAAGAACAUGGUGAGCAAUGUUCUCUCUCAAAAUGCAUCAUUGACCGUGCGUAUGACUGCAUUAGUGGAUGAGGCAGUGCAAAAACUCAAAUUCCAAAAGUCACAGUCUGAACAUACUUCUGUGUCAUCUUCCCCAAGUGAAUACAUCAGGUCUCUACUCAGUCAAACAAUUGGUGUUGACAAGCAUGAGUUAGAUGACGAUUCUCCUCUCUCUGCCUUAGGCAUCGACUCAAUGCUAGCCAUGACCCUGCAGAACCUCAUCUUUCAGGAUAGGGGUGUGAAUGUGCCUCUGGUUAAAUUGCUGGACCCCAAUAGGACACUGUCUACAUUGGUAUCAAUGCUGAUGGAGACUACUGAGGGUGAAUCUGAGAAUGAUGAUCAGAAAGAGGACAUGACAGAUGACAUGUUGACAAGACUAUAGAGAUUCCAAUUGAACAUUUAUAAUUGAAAAUGAACAUGUAGAUAUUGGAUUUUCUAAUCAUAUUCACAUGUUUGAUCAGACAAGAGGUAGUUUCCUGGAUGUGAGGGGCUGAAAGAAGUAGUUUCCUGGAUGGGAGGGGCUGAAAGAGGUAGUUUCCUGGAUGGGAGGGGCUGAAAGAGGUAAUUUCCUGGACUGGGAGGGGCUGAAAGAGGUAAUUUCCUGGAUGGGAGGGGCUGAAAGAGGUAGUUUCCUGGAUGGGAGGGGCUGAAAAAGGUAGUUUCCAGGAUGGGAGGGGCUGAAAGAGGUAAUUUCCUGGAUGGGAGGGGCUGAAAGAGGUAGUUUCCUGGAUGGGAGGGGCUGAAAGAGGUAGUUUCCUGGAUGGGAGGGGCUGAAAGAGGUAGUUUCCUGGAUGGGAGGGGCUGAAAGAGGUAGUUUCCUGGAUGGGAGGGGCUGAAAGAGGUAGUUUCCUGGAUGGGAGGGGUCAUUGAGGAUGUUUUUGUUGCACGUUUGGAGGUGCGCUUGGUGUACAGAGAGCUAACACCAGUCUAUGGCUAUCUCUGUGGUUUUUUUUUGUAGGUGUUGAGCAUUAGUAUUGAAUGUAUUGAAGCUAAAGUCAAUGAACAACACCGUAGGUGUUAGGUGUCUCCAGGCGUUGCAAUGUGUGGCAGAAUGCCAGGAUGACAGCAUCUUCGACAGACCUACUAGCUCUGUAGGCAAACUAGAGUUGAUCCGUCAAUGGUUUUUAGGUAGGACUAGGCGUUCAAAUGCUUUCAUGGCCACAGAAGUCAGGUUGACGGGUCUGAAGUGGUUGAGGCAGGUUGCGCUUGUUUCCUCAAACUGCUCAUAAAACUCAUUAAGCUUGUCUCUGGGAGGUAAGGGUCCUCAUUUGAAGUGGUGGGUUGUUUUUUUUGUAAUUUGUCUUCUCCUGUAAGCUUUUCCAGACUGAUCUGGAGUCAUUGACAGUCAAUUGUGCUUCCAGUUGUUUUGUCCUUCCUUGCAGAGCGCAGUUCAAAUUUGGUUGAUUUUGUAUUUUUCUUGAUCUCCAUUGAUGUAGGCAGGAGUUAUUUUCCCUACAUAGUAAAGCUAGUUAUUUUGAGAACCAGGGCAUGCUGUUGCCGUAUGAUGUCAUGAUUUUGUGGAGAUAUUCAGGGCAUGUGACAAAUAAAAUUUGAUUUGAUACCCCGUCUCUACACAGAACCGGAUGCAUGACGUCACAGUGUCUGUGCACUCAUCGAGUGUGGUACACAUUGUACAUUCAAAACAGCCCUUCAGAGAUUCAACGGAAUCUGUGGACCAUAUUUGAACCGUUUCGGGAGUUUAGUUUGAUAAUUUUGAGUUUUUGUUUUUGUUUAUACGAAUGAGGAGUAGCAUCGCAAGGUCAGAUUCUUAAAGGGGAGCUCUAGGGAAUGCAUGGUAAGCAGAUGAGAUUGAACUGUAUCAGUGGUCUAGAAUUGUAUCUUCUCUUGUGGGGCAUGUCACCAGUUGUUCAUAGUUAGGUAACUCGUGGGACAGGUUGAUGUGCUAGUUAGCUGAUGGUAUUGCUGGUGUUAGCUUGCGGUGGGAUGUAAAACACCGGUUAGCACAAUUGUCUCAAAUUCCCUUGGUAGAAUGGCCUGCAGUUCAUAGUUAGGAAUUCAAGGUCAGAGGAGCAUGGUUGAUGUAGUACUGUGGAGUUGGUACACCAGCGCUGAUUAAUCAUGAAUCAGAUACAACUGCCUUUUGAUUUUUGAGAACUUGAAUGAGCUGUCGGAUGGUAAAAUCCAGGAGGGAAUACGGCCGAGUUUGUAACAGAUUGGUCCAGACAUGUCUCGAUCAGACACAUGAUUCUCUGGAAUCUCUCCUAGUUUGGAUCAAAAGCAGAAGUUCAUUUUCUAUUCCUGAGUGAACGAACAUUGUUAGCAGCAAGGCAGGCAGAGGGGGCCAGUAGAGACAUCCUGAACCUAGAUAGUAUGCCGGCUCGCCUUCCAUGUCUGGAUGUAUUCCCACCUGUAGCAGCCCAGGUAUGUUUUUAGUCAGUAAUCCCACAGGUAAAGAAAGAUGCUGUGGACCAAAGACUCCAUUUCUCCCUGCUGUUUAGAAGAUCCAAGCAACUAUAUUUGUGUAAACAUUACGAUUAUAUUUCUGUAAUAAUAUUUGUUAAAGAUGUUAUGCAAUAUUUUGACAUUUUUACACUUUUUAAAAAUAUGUUUAUCUGUUAGGAUAUUACUCUAUUCUUAUAUUAAUCUUAAAAACAGGUACUAAUCUGUACUGUAUUUCUUCUGUAAAAAUGUUAAAUAAAAUGAUUUCAAAUGAA